AGAGAAGAAGGCUGUCGGGCUGUCUGGGUGUGAGUGAGCGCCCUCUAGUGGAGCUGCUGACCAGCUGUAGAGCUUCUGUCUGUUUCAAACCAUCAGAGUUUUCAAGAGGUCUAUGUUCCAGCGUUGAGCAGAGACCAUGUGGUGUUUGGAGCUGCUCUUACCACUGCUGUUGAUCAUCAAUGAUGCCAAUUGCCAGUGGAACGUUUGGGUACCUCGGGACAUCUCAGCCAUGACAAACUCCUGCGUGGUCAUAUCAUGCACCUUCAUGUAUCCCUCUGGCAUCAGGCCAUACCGAGGCGUUCAUGGUAUCUGGUACUUUGGCCAGCCGUACCCUCAACUCUUCCCUCCUGUUGUCUUCAAAUCCCGUACGGAUGUCGUGCACGAGAGCUACAAGGGCCGCACAAAGCUGCUGGGCGAUCUGACCCAGAGGAACUGCACUCUGCUCAUCAACAACAUCGGCGCAGAGCACUCAGGGAGAUACUACUUCCGUGCUGAUCUCGGUGGAGCCAACAUGUACACAUUCCCUGACUUUGCUGAGCUCAAAGUUCUUGAUCAACCCAACAUUGACGUCCCAGAAGAGAUUGUAAGCGACGAGAAUCUGGAGCUGACAUGUUACGCUCCCGACAACUGCCCCGACUUGACUCCUGAGAUCCAGUGGAUGUACACCGACUACCUGCCCGACCCAGAGUUCAGCACUGACUACCUGGAGGAAGGCAACACAGCGGUGCUCUCCAGCACUCUCACCUUCACACCCAGACCCAUGCACAACGGGCAGCUCCUGGGCUGCAGGGUCUACUACCCUAACACCACACUCGUCUACGAGAGGCUCAUCUCUCUAGACAUUAAGUAUGCUCCUCGCUCCGUGUGGGUGAAUGUGUCCUCAGAGGUGAUGGAGGGAAGCUCUGUGAUGCUGCACUGUGAAGUAGACAGUAACCCUCCUCCCAGGAUCUCCUGGAUGUUUGGAGACCAAGAACUUCUGUGGGACACAGCAUCCAACAUCUCCCUCUCCCUGGACGAUUUAACGCCUGCGCAGGAAGGAAUCUACACCUGUAUUGGGGACAAUGGCUACGGCAUCAUGAACACUUCCCUGUACCUGUCUGUCAAGUACCCUCCCCGUGAGCCCCAGGUCAAUGACUCUAUCACGGUACAAGAGGGAACCUCACUGGCCCUGCACUGUAGCACCCAGGGCAGCCCAGCCCCAACCCUCACCUGGCUGAAGGACGGGGAGCUGGUGGGCACCAUCACAGCCGACGAGCUGUCAGUGCUGGACAUUGUGGAGAUCACCCCCCAUGGAGACGGGCAAUACCGAUGCUUGGCCGAGAACGAGCAUGGGAGAGCCAGCAGCUCCCUCAACAUUACAGUUGAAUAUGCCCCGGUUCUCCUGGAGGAGUCAAAGUGCACAGUGGUCAGAGAGGGUGUCCAGUGUGUCUGCAUGGCCACAGGAAAUCCUGAACCCACCAUUGAGUUCUACCUACCAGACCUGAACAUCACAAUCAAUGAAACAGAUGGUCGGUACAAUUUCUACACACACACAGACGGACACACCUCCACGGGUAUGAUCAAGCUGCGGGAGAAAGGAGAGCGAAUGGACAACGGUGGCCCUGCCGUCAACGUCCACUGCAGCAUCUUUAACACGUAUGGAAGAGAGAGUAUUCUUCUGGAGCUACAGCAGGAGAAAAAAUACAUGAUGGCAGUUAUAGUUGGCACCAUUGGAGGAGUGGCAGUCAUAGCCUUCAUCAUUGCAGCAGUGAGAUACGUUGGCCACAACAACAAGAAAGAGAAUGGCAACCCUAGGCAGGACGUGGUCCUGGAGAACCCAGCUUUGUACUACAGCGCAGUCAAGAAGGACAAACAAAAUCUGAGGAAGAAAGUGCUUAAGACAGAGCUGUUGGGCUCAAAGUUUAACUCCAUUCUAGAGGAGACUACGGGAGAAGACGGGGAUUACCAACCUGUGGGCUCUAUGGCAGGACUGGAAAGGCAAGAGCUGAAUUAUGCUGCUUUGGAGUUUAUCGGGGCCAGGCCCAGGGAGGGGGCCUCAGGGAGGGGGGAUGAUGGCAGCAACUACACGGAAAUCAAAGCCAAAUGAAUCGCGAUCCUUCCCUGAUCCCUCGGCUAUGCGAGACGCAGUGGCAGCCCCAACACAUCCUCUGCCCCAUGAACUGUUUAAUAACCCACCAUCCCCUGCAUAUGAUGACUCCCUGUUUUUCAUCUCUUCAGAUUUGUCACACAUAAUGUACCACUCCAGCACCCCCCCUCUCAUGCUGCCCCUCCUCCAUGGGUCGCCCCCACACAUGCCAACAUUUCGAAAAACUGGUACUUUUUAUGGGUCGGAUCAUGGCCCACUGAACAAUGUUAAAAAAUGAUUUCAACUUUAAGCCUGAGUUGUAGUUCAUGGGCUCUUUAACAUGUUAACCAGUGGCCAUGUUUUUGUUUCUCUGUCCAUGUUUUUCAUUGUGGUUGUCGAUGUAUUUGUCAAACAACAGACAUCUGAGCGCUCAUAUCCGCCUGACCAUUUCUCUCUACAUCCGUCUCUUCUAACUGUCUCUGUGUCUGCUGCCAGUCGAAGUAUCAGGGCAAGGAGUAACUGCGCUUUUUGUUUUCUUAUAUUUAUGUUAGUCUAUCCGCAGAGAGCAAACCUCUCCUCUCUUUCUUUUGGUUAAUCACAACCAGAGAAGUUAACCGACAGAGGCGAGGGAUGGAAACCAGCUCAGCAUCUUGUUUCCACAUAUCUGAGUUUCAUGUGUGCUGUGACUCAGUAGCCUCUCAUAACAAAUGGAACAAGUCAACAUCACUUUUAUAAUAAUUGAAGAGGUUUUGUAAGUUCAUAUUGUACACAGUUUGGUUCUCAAAAAUGUCACAUCGUCUUUCCAGCCUCUUCCAGUUAGCCGCAGAAUGUGUUGACAUUUUUGGAGGGGGUUUUCUGCACGGUGGUCAAACGCAAAAUGUCUAUCUUCUUUUCUUUUCCUUAAAGUUUGGGCUCCAGCUCUCUGAAUGAUCUGGGAAAAAAAGCAGACAUAAAGAACAACAUAAUUGUGAGCAAGUGGCCAAAGUGUUAUCUCUUUUAGACAAUAUUUGUGUGUGUAUGUGUGUGUGUUUAAAUCGUGCUGAAGGAUUCAUAGGACACUGAUCACUGGGGUCUUUGGGAAGCUCGAGCAGCACGUCACUUGAUGUGUUUUUCUCACAGGAUUGCAUUAGAUGUUUGAAUGAGAAAAAGGGAUGCUGACUAUAGAGAUGGUUGUGCUACUCAAAGACAUUAAAUGAACCUGAGAUGUUAUAUCAAAAAGACUAAUAUUCUAACUUUGUAAUGAUGUUAUGAAUAAUAUAUAUUAAAAAGAUGUAUAUUGAUCGAGGGAGCGUCGUCGGUAUGUACAGUAAACACCCUGCAUGACUGUUUUGACAGCAGGCAUCAAUGUAAGUAAUACAUUAUGGAUAAAAGCCAGUGGGAGAAAUAAAAGAAAGUCCUGUCA